AUGCCUCCGGAAAAUACCCCAGACUGGAACAUCCUCUUCAAUGAUGACAAGUUUAUCAAAGCCUACAGACUCGGUGAAAAGGUUACCGGACAAUUCGCCCAACUUCUCGUCGACCAGAGUGGCGUAGUAGCUGACUCGAAGUCGCACCAAGAUCGUCCGUUGGUGGUUCUUGACAAUGCUUGCGGUACUGGAGUCAUUUCCAGUGUCCUUCAUCACGACUUGGACGAGCAAGUCAAAGCCAGAUGGAAGCUGACAUGUGGCGACUUCUCGGACGGAAUGCUAGAGUAUACUAGACGCCGGAUAGACAGCGAGAAAUGGCUAAAUGCAGAGGUCAAGAGUAUUGAUGCGCAAGAUACAAAGCUGCCAUCGGAGCAAUUUUCACACGUCUACACGGCUUUUGCCUUUAUGGCCCUUCCACGAGGCUUGGAGGCCUUGGAUGAAUCUACCCGGAUCUUGCAACCAGAGGGGAUAAUUGCUUUCGCUACUUGGAUCGAGCCGGGCUGGCUAUUGGAGGCCGGAAAGGCGAUCUCAAAGAUAUCCAACGAACUACCAUGGCCGACAGCCGAGGAAUUCCUGGGCAUGAUAGGCAAGGGUCAAUGGAACUCCGUGACAUGGAUUGAAUCCCAGCUCAGAGACCGAGGCUACCGUAAUAUCAAAGUCAACGCUGUCACUAAAUACAACUCCCUUCCAGUAGCUGAAUUUGUGGAGAUGACCAUGUUCAUGUUGCCUCUGUUGAUGAAGUGCUGCUGGUCGGAAGAUAUGCAAAAUGAGAACAAGGACAAGGUUAAACCGGCUUUGGAGAAGCAUCUGGCUGGUGCCUACGGAGAAGAUGGUGAGGUGCCUGGGGAAUGGGUGGCAAUACUUUCAACGGCGCAGAAGCCUGCAGCAUGCUAA